AUCGUUUUGGAUAUACAAAUUUUAAAUAUUUAUGUAUGUUGUUUCCUGCUUUGAGUAAUGUUUGUAUUGGUGGUAAACUUGACUGUGUUAUAUAUUCCCUAUUGAAACAUGUUAGGACCAAUUAUAUUCCUCGCAUGCAGUAGUCACCUAAGUCAUUGGACUUAAUACACUCUGAUAUUUAGUGACCAUCUUCUGUUACUGCUCUAUCAGGUGCUCGAUAUUAUGUGAUAUUUAUAGAUGAUCAUACUCCUUGUCCUUGAGUCUACCUUCUGCAUAGAAAGUCCGAUGUACUCCCUGUCAUUACUCAGUUUCGCCAAAUAAUUAAGACACCAUUCAAUGUCAUUGUUCGUGCUCUUUGUUCGGAUAAUGCUAAAGAAUAUGUGUUUGAUACCCUAGUGUCUCAUCUUUCUUCUCAAGGUAUCGUUUGUCAGCUUACUUGUCUAUAUACUCAUGAGUAAAAUGGAGUUGCUAUAAGUAAAAAUAAGAGUUUGAUAGAGAUGGUACGUUAUAUGCUUAGAGGUAUGGGAGUCCUAAAAUUUUAUUGGCAUUUUGUUGUUUUGACUUCUUCAUUUCUGUGUAAUUGUAUACCGAGUCGUGUUCUUCAGCAUAAGACUCCUUUGCAGGUCUUAUUCCCUAAACGGACACUAUUUUCGAUCCCUCCUUGUAUUUUUGGCUGCACAUAUUUUGUUCAGAAUAGAUCUUCUACUCGUCAUAAGCUUGAUGAUAAAGCAAUUUGUUAUAUUUUUGUGGGUUAUUGUCAUCAGUCUAAGGGGUAUCGGUAUUAUGAUCCUAUCAGACGUCAUAUGUAUCACAAUCUAGAUGUGACUUUUCUUGAGCAUAUUCUUUAUUUUUCUUCCGGUCUUGUGUUUGCCCCUCCCGUAGAUGAUACUCCUUUUGAGUUUUCUUUACCAUAUGUGCCAGAGCCAUUGGUCACUAUCACCACAGAAUUACCAGUCUUUUCUCUUCCAGAGCCAUUCGUCCCUGUCACCACAGAGUCACCAGUAUCACCUCAUUUGCAAGUUUAUAUUCUUCUUCGUUAUUCUCAUUCCCCUAAUGUCCCCUCUACCUCAGGCGAUGCAAGUAAUAUUUCUCAGUUCAUUGAGCAUAUUGAUGCACCUGUUGUUAGUACUGAUGAGAUUACAUGUAAUAUAUCGGUUAUUUUACUUGAUGAGACAUUGACAGUGGAGGAUGAUGAUUUAGGACGUCGUUAUCCAUGGUGUGAUUGCCGUCCCGUUGUUCGUUAUGGUUGGACCGUCAGGACUUUAUAUUCGAUCUCUAGUUAUAUUUCUUAUGGUGAUCUAUCUCCUACAUAUUGAACUUAUAGUCUAUUCUUAUCAGAUAUACCAGUUCCUCGCUCUGUUCUAGAGAGUAUGUGGGAGUCCCAGUGGGUUCUUGCCAUGCAGAUGGAGAUGGACGUUCUUCAGCG